AUGACGGCGUCCGGCGCAGCCACGUCGGGGUUGGCACCCGGCUGGCCUUUGAGCCCUGGAGAGGAGCGGGAGGUCCCCGUGGUGGGCAGAGAGACACGCCUGAGAGUGGUGCUGAGGGUCCGGCCACUGACCUGCACGGAGACGCGGCGAGGUGACCGGCAGGUUGUGCACAGCCUUGGCGAUGGCACUGUCCAUGUGAGCGCGGCCAGGCACGAUGCCACCUUCGGGUUCAGCGCCGUGUUCGACGCGGGAGCCUCGCAGGAGGCCGUGUUCGAAGGCAGCGGGAUGAGGCAGCUGGUGGAGCUGGCGGUAGACGGGCUCAGCACCUUCUCCAGGUUCUCCUGCACCGUCUUCGCCUUCGGGCAGACCGGCUCGGGGAAGACCUACACCCUGAUGGGACCCCUCGCCCAGAGUGAGACCCGGCCGGCAGCUCCGGGGCUGCUGGGGCUGAUGCAGAGGUCCUUCGCCUGCCUCCUGGAGCAGAGCCGGAGCCGCAGCUCUGACCUGGCUCUCAGUGCCUCCUACCUGGAGAUCUACAACGAGCAGGUCCGGGACCUGCUAAGCCCGGGGCCGCCGUGUGCCCUGCCCCUGCGGUGGAGCAAAACCCGUGGCUUCUACGUGGAGAACCAGCUCAGCGUGGACUUCGAGAGCCUGGAGGCCAUCGCUGACCUGCUCCUGCAAGGUGCUGAGCCGUGGGCGCAGGGCUGGGGCUAUGCAGGGCCCAGCGCCUGCCCCAGCAAGCAGGGCACGCUGUGCUUCGUGGACCUGGCCGGCAGCGAGCGGGUGAAGGAGACUGGCUCCAGCGGGGAGCUCUCUGUGGAGGCCAACAACAUCAACCGCAGCCUCCUGGCACUGGGACACUGCAUCUCUCUGUUGGCCAAACCCCGAGGGAAGCGGACGCACAUCCCCUACCGGGACAGCAAGCUCACCCGGCUGCUGGCCCGCUCCCUGGGCGGCUCAGGCAUCACCCUGAUGGUUGCCUGCAUCUCCCCGUCCUCACGCUGCCUCUCGGAGACGCUGAGCACGCUGCACUAUGCCAGCCGGGCCCGGAGGGUCACCACCAGGCCCCUGGCCAACAGGGUGUCCCGGGAGAAGCUGCUGCAAACCUUGGAGGAAGAAAUCCAUGCCCUGCAGCUGGAAAACCUCUCCCUGCGCCAGCAACUGUGCCUGCCCAGGGUGCCAAUGAGGAGCACGGAGGUCCCGGUGACCCCACCCAGGGUGGGAGCAUGGCCGGGCUGGGGAGGCAGGUACGGCCCCGCAGGGCUGCGUCGCUCCCCUCUUGAAGGGCAGCUCUCGUUGGAGGGAGCCCCAGCCUGGCCCAGCCUCUACGGCCUCCUGCGGGACUUCGUGGUGGAGAACGAGCAGCUGAGGCAGCCCCGGCUGUCCCCAGACCCCAGCGGUGACGUCCCAGCUGGCCCAUCCCACAGAGCCACCCGCAGCUCCUCCCCCACCUCCGGCCGCCCCCGCUGCCCAGGGUGUCCCCAGUGCUACCCCGGGCUGGCCGAUGCCAUCGUGCCCCAGGCGCUGCCAGGGCCCCCCGCGCCGCAGCUGGUCCCCCUCGAGGGAAGCGCCAGUGUCCUGCUGCCCAGCCAGGAGGACGCAGCUCUGCCCGGCUCCCAUCAGCUCCCCGGGCACCCCCAGCCACAGCAGGGGAAGCGCAGGAGCCGGGACAGAAGCAGGAGCUUGUCUCAGCACCCACUCCCCCGGGAGCUGCCGGGCCCCGAGCGCUGUCCCACUCCCGAGGGAAGGGUCAUCCCUUCGGCACCGCCGUGGCCGGGAUUGCUGGAGCCGAAAGGUGAGCAGGGUGGCCGGGGGAAGCCAGGCAAGUGCUUCGAAUGGGGUCCCUCGGGGUUGGGCACCCGUCCCGAGCCCAGCCGCUCGUGCAUGGGGCUGUGGACCUGA